AGCGACGAACUGAGUCCUACCGUUCGUUCGUACGGCGACCGGUAGAGACAACGGUCGCGUGUUUUCUCUUGUGCGAUAUAUACAACGUGCGCUUGCUCGUGAACACACGCGGUGCAUGCGAGAACGUGAUAGGCGCGCGCAUGUUCGACAUUUUGAGGAUCGUGUGCGCGGGUGAAAACGUAUAUGCGCGCGUCGAUGGCGUACGGUGUCUCUCGAGUGAUGAUUCGAUCGAUCGAUUGUGUCGUCGAUAGUAUAACUUCGAGCAGUGACGAAGAGUUUUAUGGAGGAAGGUGAAUUGCGCGGUAUACAAGGAUUGUUGUUGCCAAUCGCGUGCCUUAUCAUCGUCAUUCACGGGCACGGCGAGCAAAAGUUCCUGGAACAGCGGACGGCAUCUAUUUUCGAGUGCUCGAGUCACAGUAUCUUCGCGCCGACGGCUUGUCCACCAUCAUUAUUCCGGCGUAUUUGUUCUAGAUUAAAGUGCACGCGAUCGGCCGGCGUUAAAUCCGAGCGGAUACGCCGGGACUAUGCACGAUCGAUCGUGUCGUUGAAUCGUCGUAGAAUCGAUGGAAGAAACGUUGUUUCCGUACGCAGAGACGGGCCAUCUUAUUUUCAUUGGCGAUCAGAACGACCGGUCAGGUCGAUACGUCGCCAGUGUCGGAAACAAGCGUUGCCACCGUCACCAUCGGCGAUCAUUGUUGUCACGAUUGUCCUACACGCGCAUUGCAUAAGCGUCGUUCGUGUGAUUACGUAAGACUGUGGUUCAUUUGCGGGAAAAUAAUUGUAAAAUCGGACAUAGAUUACGAGUGUGUUGGGUCGUUACGUGUAAUAAUUGUAAUAGGAACGUAUAUAAUUUAUUCAGAGAAAAUAACGAGUCGUUAGUUAAUAAUCGUUCUUCGAUCAUUUACAAUUGCGUGUUAUUUCACAUUUACGAAAGUUACGUCCAUUUUGUUUCACGUGUCAACAUGGGGAAAAGAAGUGUAGACUGAAAACAAAAACAUUCACGUCGUUCGUCUCGUAGUCCUUGGUGAAUGUUUUUGCAGUGAUAGUUGUGAAGUUCGAUUCUCGUGGAGCCUGGAGUGUUGCGCAGUAACGUCGCGAGUCGCGAGGCAUUUCAAAUUUCCCGCGCACGGUGCACGUGUAGGAAAAAACAACAAUGGCGAUGAAGAGCAGGAAACAGUAUACCGGGACCAGCCUUGGAUCGAAAAGUCAUUAUCCUGCCAUCAGUCAAGCAUACUGGGCACCACAGCCGCAAAAUACACCUUAUUCCGUCCCAGAGCGUAAACUGUUCGUUGGCAUGCUGUCGAAGAAGUUUACCGAGAAUGACGUUAGGAACAUGUUCAGUGUCUAUGGAACCAUCGAGGAAUGCUCGGUGCUGAGGGACAGCACCGGAAAAAGUAAAGCCUGUGCCUUCGUUACCUUCGCUAGUAAACAAUACGCCAUCAACGCCAUUAAAGCUCUUCAUCACUCGCAAACGAUGGAGGGAUGCUCGUCGCCGCUGGUCGUGAAAUUCGCAGACACGCAGAAGGAAAAGGACCAGAAGAGGAUGCAUCAGUUUCAGACGAAUCUUUGGAAUAUAGCAGCAGUCAACAUGGCGCCGCAUUACCUGACCAACGAUACGCCUGCCUUGGCCCCGGCGUCGCUACAGCUGCUGCAACAACUUCAGGCGACAACUAGCGCCGCGACGCCGGUCGCGGCUGGUGCGGGCGCAAGUGCAUUGUCGAGUGUGCAACAUCAGCUGUUGCUGCAACAACACCUUGGCCUCGGCGCAGCCACUCCUGCGCAUGCGGCUGCGCCCGCGGUACCGAGCCCACCGGAAAUCAACCCGGCGAACCUGCAGGGCCUGGCCACGCUCGCGUCCUUGAGUAACACAGCCGGUGAGUAUGCGAACGCAGGAGUAUCACCGAUGAGUAUGCAGAACCUGGUCACCCUGGCUGCCAUGACUGGCGGAAACGGCAACCUUCAGGUGUCGCCAAACACGUUAAGCGGACUGGCGAAUUCUACAGCAGGUAUGUCGCUAUGGUCCACUGGAGGUAGUCUCAGUCCUGUGACGUCCCUAGCUCUCAAUUCCCUAACACCUCUAAACGGGUUGCAGGACUCCACUUACUCCACCUUACAACAGUAUGCAGGGUUCCCCGCGUUCACGGCGGCGGCAGCAGCAGCUGCAGCAGCGGCCCAAAAGGCGAAGUUCACGAGCACGGACAAGCAGAUAGAAGGUCCCGAGGGCUGCAAUCUGUUUAUCUACCAUCUACCGCAGGAGUUUGGCGAUACUGACCUGGUCACAACGUUUCUACCAUUUGGGAACGUCAUCUCGGCGAAGGUUUUCAUCGAUAAGCAGACACAACUGAGCAAAUGCUUCGGCUUCGUGUCGUACGACAACGCGGCAAGCGCGCAAACAGCCAUCCAGUCGAUGAACGGCUUCCAGAUCGGCACGAAACGGCUGAAGGUCCAACUGAAACGAUCCAAGGACGCAUCGAAACCCUAUUAGCCGACGUCGUCCACCGUUCGUAGCAGGUGGCCUGUGACGUUGUGACCGUGUUCUCGAUCGGAGUCGCCGUGCCAUGUCAGUCUCAGUCAGUCGAAUCGGUCAAUCGUUCGAUCGAUCGGUCAAUCGAUUAGUCGAUCAGUCGAUCAGUCACGACUCCUUGGUCAGCCUCUUGAUCAGUCAUUCUGUGUCUGUCGGUGCCUGUACACAUCUGCCCGCUCUCGCUCCUCUCGCAAGAAGCGGCUGCCCGCUCUGCUCCCAGACAUAAAUAUUACCAUGAUGCUUCCU